GUUAUUGACUUGUCACUUGACGUUAAUAAUCAAUUUGAGGUUAUGACAUGUUUGUACCAAAAUAUCUUGCAGGUUCCUUAUAAAUAUGUGAUGAACACAUUCGAUGGAUCGAUAGCUUUGUUCUGGAAGAGAAUUAUAUGAGCAACCAUGUUAUACGACGAUUUCAAACCUAUAGUGGACCUAGUUUUAAACAACUGGACAGCCCUACAGCUGGCUGUGGAACAUGGGAUGGGCGCUCCAGGCGGCGAAAAAACUGCACAACUGAUGUCAGUGUAUGUAGCGAGGUAUUGUGUGGAAAAUGUACCAGACCGAAAUGAAUUGACAGAGAUGUUAGAGGACUUGAUGGACGAAGAGUUCGAGACUGUGUGCCAUGAUGAUUCACCUCAAGAAGUUGCAAUACUACUUAUGUACUACCUGGGCUUGCUGAAGGAAGGCAGACACGAAGAGCUGAGAAAUCAUAUACAAGCAAUGCCCAAAUGCCAAAAAUGGCUCAGUGAACCUAUACACAACUCAGUACCACCUCAAUGCCAUGGCAACCCCGAUGACGACACAACCAGUAGCAGUGGAGGACAAAGUGACAUCGAGGAAGAUGUUGAAGAAGGAAAUAGUCAAGCAAAUGGUGACGUGGCUGCUUCAAUGGAGAAUAAUGAACCAGAACCCAUGGACGAAGAUGUGGAACCAGGAUGGUCGGUUGUUAGAACACGCAGGCGGAAAUAGAAUAAUCACAUAAAUUACUAUCAACUUUUCAUGAGUCACUCAUUUUCGACUUAGCAUAAUGUUACAUGAGUUUGUGACUGAUACUCACGUUUCGCUGACACUAAAAUGAUGUUAAAUGAGUUACUCAUAUUCAACUUAGCACAUUUCAUGAGUUUGUGAAUGGCACUCAUGUUUGACCUAGCAUUGUUAAUGAGAUUGUGAGUGAUAUUCAUAUUGAACCUAGUAACUUUACAUGAGUUUGUAAGUGCCACCCAUCUUCUAUGUGAGUUCAAAAAACUCUUGUUCAUUGUAGCAUGUUAUAUGAGUUUACUCAUAUUAAACCUAAUGUAACAAUGACAUGAGUUUGUGAGUGGCACUCAUAUUUAAUCUAGCACAUUACAUGAGUAUGAGUAGUACUCAUAUGUUACAUUAGUUUGUAAGUGGCACUCAUAUUGUCCAACAUAGCACUGUAUGAGUUCAUGAAUGAUAUUCAUUUUUACCUAGCAAGUCACUUGAAUUUGUAAGUCCAGCUCAUCUUCAUCCUAGGAUGUUCCCGGCAUUCAACAGAGUAUUAUCUGUGUAAUGAAACAAUAUGAACCUGUUGACUUAGUUAAAAGUUUUUGAAACACACUUCUAAAAUACUUUUUUUUUUACUUUUUGCAUUUUUAUAUGCUGCAUUUUUAAUACUAAGUGAAAAUCUAUGGUUAGACAUGAAGAUGAUAAACCAAAACAAUCAAUCAGUGGGUACUUAUAUUAUAAUAUUUAGUCAACAUAAAAUACCAAUAAGAAAUAUACAGCAGAGCUAUGUUAACUGAUAAGUUUGGACUAGAGGUCACAAUAAUUUUCUCUUUAGUUGCACAGUAGUGGAGUAUGUUGUAAAAGUAAUGUUAUUUUUUGUUCUCUCUUGUCUGGCU